UUUGGAAACGGUAAACGCUCCAGAAAGCCGCCCGUGGUCGCGAAUCUUUAGCUGUUUGUAACCCUAAUUCAAUAAGAAAACUAAUUAUUGAGCGCGUCUAAUCAAAAAUUACUGUUACGUACUAAAGACGCUCAGCUGAAACGAUGUCGAGCUCUAAUGAGUACAAACUGAACCAGGGACCAGAGGAUGGCAUUUCUGCAGUCAAGUUCAGCCCCAGCACAGCCCAGUUUCUGCUGGUUUCAUCCUGGGACUGCACUGUCCGCCUUUUUGAUGUUGGAGGCAACACCAUGCGCAUGAAGUACCAGCACUCAGCUCCAGUUCUUGAUUGUGCCUUUUACGACCCGACUCAUUGUUGGAGUGGAGGUUUAGAUGAACAACUAAAAAUGCAUGAUUUGAAUACAGAUCAAGAUACAAUAGUUGGCACCCAUGAUGCCCCCAUUCGCUGCGUGGAGUACUGUCCAGAGGUGAAUGUUAUGGUCACCGGUAGCUGGGACAGAUCAGUUCGACUAUGGGACCCAAGGACACCCUGCAACGCUGGCACUUUCUCCCAACCUGAAAAGGUCUAUACCCUCUCUGUGGCUGGAGAUAGGCUGAUUGUUGGCACUGCUGGCAGACGAGUCCUGGUGUGGGACUUGAGAAACAUGGGCUAUGUACAGCAAAGACGAGAGUCCAGUCUGAAGUAUCAGACACGCUGCAUUAGAGCCUUUCCCAACAAACAGGGCUACGUCUUAAGUUCAAUUGAGGGACGUGUAGCUGUGGAGUACCUGGACCCAAGCCAGGAAGUUCAGAAGAAGAAGUAUGCCUUCAAGUGCCACAGGCUGAAGGAGGAUGGAAUUGAGCAUGUUUACCCGGUCAACGCCAUCUCAUUUCAUAGUGUUCAUAACACUUUUGCCACAGGUGGUUCAGACGGGUUUGUGAACAUCUGGGACCCAUUCAACAAGAAGCGCCUGUGUCAGUUCCACAGAUACCCGACUAGCAUUGCCUCCCUUGCAUUCAAUAUUGAUGGCACCAUGCUUGCCAUUGCUUCCUCCUAUAUGCACGAGAAGGGAGACGUCAGCCAUCCAGAAGACGCCAUCUUUAUCCGUCAAGUCACAGACGCCGAGACCAAGCCAAAGUCGACCUAACUUCACCUCAAUCAUUCCUCUGUCAUUCAAAUGCCUUUAUAACAUUUGGGUUAUCUGCUAAAAAUUAAAAUUUUUCCUGUAAGUAGUAUUUUUUUCCAACCUUCUUUUCUGCAUUUCUUGGUAAAUAUUUUAUCGUUAUGUAUUUUCUCUCAGAACUAAAUUUGUUUUGAGUUUCAUACUUGUAAUAAAACAUUUUCACCUGCCAAUAAAGUCAGUUUGUACAUGUAUCACCUGUGAAAGGGAACUUGAGAAAUGCCAGGAAUGUGUCGGGGCAGAAGAGGUUGUUUUCUUGAUGAUGUGUUGAAUGAAAGCGAUGAUCCACUCGUAUUUGCCAUGGGCUCCACUUGCCCCCAGACAGUGACCUGUGCUGAUAGACAUCAGAGGUCUGCAGCCUAAACCAGAUCCUGUUUUAUUACUGAGGAAAAUGACAGAAAACCACUAAAGUGGAUGGACUGGCUGCUUUUGGAAGAGGAAGGGGGUUAAAACAGAAUGUCACAGUACAUAUACAACAUUUUUAAGUUGAGAAUAAAUGAGUAAAAAAUAAAAAAGUAGAACCUAUAAACAUUACAGAUAAGCAGCCUAGCAGAGCUGCUUCAGCGCUCAUCGCUUUUGCUGAGUUGAUCUACGACUGUUUAAGUUGUUAGUCUGGUGAGAGUCGGACGUAAGGCAGAGCUGUAGCUGCAGUACCGCUGAACACAUCAGUGUUCUGCAGAACGUGGAGCAUUUUUCCCUUCAGCUUAGAUUUCCAAUAGCAACUAAUGCAGUUUCUGAAGCCCUUCAGCCAAAGCAGCAGGGAAGAUAUAGAUGUCAAUUAUUCUGUUUAAGAGCUCCAAUUUUUGUUCUAAUGGCUCUAUCUGCUUCUGCAGUAUCCUGGAAAUGAUUAGUUCGGUUUGGUUAAAUGAUGUAACUAAUUCCCCAUGAUUGUCGAUAAUGAGUCUGUCUUUGAGGUUGGGCUCUGAGCGCAGCUUAAUAUGAAAUGGCACU